AUGACGCCGCCCCUGGGAAAUGUGGUGGACAUCGGUGCUAACAGAUCCGACUUCUCAAUGUUUGAGUCGCUGGUCACAAAAGCAAACCUGGCUAGUUUCUUCACAAAGGUUCUCAAAUAUCACAUGGUCAAAGAGUACUCACUCUACAGUGUCGGUAUGACGCACACGAUGACCGUUGAUUCUGCAGACCAGCAUCACGACACCCUUAUGAUUCUAGAGGAUGGCAGUGGCAACAUAUUUGUCAACCAUGCGAAGAUAAUCGAGAAGGACAUCAGUUCAAUUAACGGGGUCAUCCAUGUUGUCGAUACCGUACUUGUUCCAAUACGUGUGCAGGUUCAGAUCGAAGAUGAAGGUAUCAUCGUAGGUUAA